AUGUCUGCUGCUGCUGAUGAGAAGCAGAUCAUGUGUGGAAGUUAUUUGAGUGAUUGGCCAAGCAAGGAACGGGCGAUCGAGAUGAGGGUUGGAAAGUUUGUGGCUGUAUUGCUGUCAAUGGGCCGGGCUUGGGGCCAAAAACCAUGCCCAUUAAACCCGCCCCGCCUUGGAACGUGGGGCGGGGCGGGCCAGGCCACAAUUCCAAAAAGUAUGCCCAAAGCCACCCGGGCUUUGAGACAGUUGGGCUCGGCGCGGGUCUCGGCUCUGCCCAUCAAUAACUUCAAAGCACAAACUCCAACUCACAAGAAUUGUUGA